CACCCUACUACCCAUCUUUCACCAUGAUCCAGUCAACGUUCAUUGCACGAGUGGCAGACGGCUUAUUUCUUGCUGCAGACGAAGAGUCAUAUGAUCUGACAGAAUACAGAAACCAAGCGAAACUCCUUCUAAAGCGGCUAUCACCACAAUCCGACCAACGCUGCUCCAUUGAAACAGGAAAUCUCGUCUUCCACUACCUCAUUGAAUUUGGCGUAUGCUACCUAUGUCUUUGCGAACGCGCAUAUCCACGAAAGCUUGCGUUUGCAUAUUUGGAAGACAUUCAACAAGAGUUUCACGAAAAGUAUGGGGACCAAGUAGGCACUGUGGCUCGACCAUAUGCCCUAAUGAAAUUUGACACAUACAUACAGAAAGUAAAGAAACAGUACCAAGAUAGCAGAACGCAAAGAAAUCUAAAUAAACUUAACGAAGACCUGCAAGAUGUGACGCGAAUAAUGACCAAGAACAUCCAAGAUGUGCUAGGGCGAGGGGAGGCGCUAGACCGCAUGUCCACUGUUUCGAAGGAGCUAUCCGAUCGAUCCAAAACAUAUCACAUGCAAGCAAAGCAGCUCAAUUUGCAAGCACUAUACCAAAAAUACGGACCACCAGCAAUUGUUCUGUUGAUUGUGACUGUUGUCAUAUAUCUACGGUUUUGGUGGUGGUGACGCUCCGGUUACAAAACCGGUCAGAAUGGCCGUCAUCGGCGAUGCGUUGAGGUGGUGGCAGCAAUUGGGGAGACCGGCACUUUUGGGCAAAUAUUGGAAUUAAUGGCCUAAUACAUGAAUGAAACAUUUUCUGCAUUCCCAGAUACACUCUAUAGCUUUGCAGCCGCCUUCAUUGCAUCCUCCCCUGACACCAAAAU